AUGGCGUCGAGUCACAAUGACCCCAAGCUCCUCUACGCCAUUGAUGGUGUCAAAGCCUACCACAUCGUCCACGGGCGCGAGGAGCCCCUCACUCCCGCAGGGCCCCAAACUCUCUCCCUCUUAAUGGUCCCAACGACCUCUGUCUUCGCUGACCCCGCCAUCGACCCAGACCAGGACGUCGUCGCGGAACAAGACUUCUACCUGCACCUGCACCUCCCUCCAGAGCUGGACCUGCCGCUGCCAGCGACAACCCAGAUCUACCACCAGCCGCCGACAAGCUAUCUGAUCCCGCGAUGGGACCUGGGCCCAAACAGCGGAGCGUUUACACGCAUCGAAUUCCCCCCGCUGAACAGUCGGCCGGGAGUCCAGGAAGACGUGGAUACGUUCGAGACGAUCCUCGCGCAGUGUACGGCGUUCCUGGAGAGGGCACCACCGCCGAAGCUGAAGAAGGAGGAGUCGCCGAAUUGGUGGGAGGUGGAUGAGCAGAGUGGGAGCUCGGCGGCUGCGAAGACGGCGUAUGCGGCUGGCGAGCAGCUGCCGCCGUAUAACCCCGCUGAUUUUAAGCCUGGUGAGGGCUAUGUUCGGGGGAGUCAGUCGGGGGGUGUGCCCGGGCAGAUUGUGCUCGUUGAUGAGGAGGAUGGGAGCGUCAUUGGGGAGCUAGGCGAUGGGUUCCAGAUCGUGGAGGAUAGCAAGCUGAAGCCGGGAUCAAAGGACCCCGUCGAAAUCACCCUCCCAACUGACGGUAGCAACAAGAUCAACAUCGCACCCAUAUCCCCCGAGCUCUUCGAAGCCGAGCUGCACCCGGCCUACAAGAAAUCCAAGCUCGUCUCCAACGCUUACGCCGCGUCGCGCCUGAUCAUCGCCGGCGCAGAAAUGGUCGGCAAGAUCCUGCAGGCCGAGGCCGAGAACUACACCCGCAAGCACGCUCCCGCCACAAAGCCCAUCACCUUCAAGCCGACUACGCGCGAGCACAUCCGCCGCAUCAGCGCCUUCACUGGUAGUGCGGCCAGCCUGUCGGCCAAGACGGUUGGGCAGAUCACCAGGGCUGCGCAGAACUUUGGCGCUACGCUGGGCGGGCAUCCUAAGGGUAAGAAUGGCGAGCCCAGGAAGAAGGGUUAUGGUCCGGAUGGGAAGCCACUGCCUACUUAUAAGCCAGGGUUGUUGAACAAGUCGUUUAUGGCCUUUUCGACUGUCAUGGAUGGCGUGGAGCAAGCGGGGAGGACGUUGCUUGCGAGCACGUCGGAGGCAGCGACCACGGUGGUUGCGCAUAAGUAUGGGCCUGAGGCUGGGGAGGUGACGAGGAGCUUGAGUGGUGGGAUUAAGAAUGUCGGGUUGGUGUAUAUUGACGUGACGGGUGUGUCGAGACGGGCGAUCAUCAAGAGCGUGGCGAAGGGAAUGGUCAUUGGGCGUACGUCCAAGGGGGAGAGCGUCAUUGUUGGAGGGGGAGAUGGCAAUGUGGUUGUUGCGGGGAAGGGGAAGGGCAAGGAGGCUGAGAUACCCAUGAAUGGACGGUAUAAGUGA